GUGUGUAGAGAUGGCGGAGGUGACGAAAGUACUGUACAUAGUUGUGGUGGACGAAGAAGAAAAGAGGGAGAAAGGGAAAGAGUCGUUUCGUUAUACGCGUCCCGUUCUGCAAAGUACUCUUCAACUCAUGGGUUGCAAAGCUCGGCAUGCAUUUAAGAUUAGCCAAAGAGUUUUUGAGUUGUUAAGACUUCUAGAAGGGCAAGAUAAGGCAGGUUCCAAUGCUUCAAUUGACCAGGACGAGAAGGGAAAUGCUUUUCAUAGAGACAGUUUCUUGGAGAAAACAGAGGUUGUCAAGCAAUUAGUUUCUGGGAAAGAUGAUAAAAGUAGGAGUGUACCAUUCGAAUUGUACAAAAGACGCACAACUAUUGUUGUUAUGAGAGAAACCUUUCUAAAUGUUGUUUGCAAUGCCUUGGCUGAGUAUAAGUAUGUUGGUCCUAACCAGAGGGCAGACCUAGUAUUGGCAUGCAGAAUUCGAGAAAGGAAGGAAUCUAUAACUGUCUUGUUAUGUGGCACUAGUGGCUGCGGCAAAUCUACUUUAUCUGCCUUGCUGGGUAGCAGGUUAGGAAUUACAACAGUGAUAUCUACCGACUCCAUUCGGCAUAUGAUGAGAAGCUUUGUAGAUGAGAAGCAAAAUCCUCUACUAUGGUCUUCAACCUAUCAUGCAGGGGAGUUCUUGGAUCCCGUGGCUGUUGCAGAAGCAAAGGCUAAGAGGAAAGCCAAAAAGUUAGCUGGUACGACACAUUCACUUUCUAAAGACGAAGCAGCUAAUGGCUCUACUGCUGGGAUGUCUGAGGCUCAUAAAUUGGAGGUUGGCUCUGGUACUACUGAUUUGCUCAGUCCAAAGCAGAUGGCUGUUGAAGGCUUCAAAGCUCAAAGUGAGAUGGUAAUUGACAGUCUUGAUCGCUUGAUUACAGCUUGGGAAGAGAGGAAAGAAUCUGUGGUUGUUGAGGGUGUCCACUUGAGCCUUAAUUUUGUGAUGGGACUGAUGAAGAAACAUCCCUCAAUCGUUCCAUUCAUGAUUUACAUCACAAAUGAAGAUAAGCACUUGGAACGGUUUGCAGUUCGUGCUAAGUAUAUGACUUUGGACCCAGCCAAAAACAAAUAUGUAAAGUACAUACGUAACAUUAGAACAAUUCAGGAAUACCUGUGCAAGCGGGCUGACAAGCAUCUUGUACCCAAAAUAAACAAUACCAAUGUUGAUAAGAGCGUAGCAGCUAUCCAUGCAACAGUAUUUAGCUGUCUUCGAAGGCGUGAAGCUGGUGAACAACUCUAUGACCCCAUGACAAAUACAGUUUCUAUGGUAGAUGAGGAAUAUAGAAACCAAUGUGCAGCUAACUCCUUGAGUUCUAAAGGAAUGUUUCAACUGAUUCAAAGGCAAGGUUCAUCGAGGCAUCUUAUGACUCUUGUUAAUAUUGAUGGUACGGUGGCUAGGACUUGGCCUAUUGAAGCAGUUGAUGGUAAUGGGAAACCUUUGUUGGGCAAUGUAGAUCAGACUGGCAAGGGAGAACCAGUUAAUCUUCAGUUUGGGCUAUACGGGAUUACUGCUUGGCCCAGUGAUGGUGGCACCAGUCAUGCUGGAAGCAUUGACGAGUCAAGGGUUGAUGGAACUGAAACUGGUAGCAGGUAUUAUUCUUCUUGCUGCAGCUCACCAAGGAUGUCUGAUGGACCUUCCAAGGAGCUCAAGGAGGAGAAUUCAGUUUAUGGCAGUGAUGGCAGUGAUGAAGAGGUUGAUGACCAACCUGAGGCUGGCAGCGAUGACGAUUUCAGUGAUGAUGGUGACAAACUUGUUGAUGAGGAGGUAAAAGAUAUUUGAUUGGUGUUUUUGUUCAAAACUACUAGCUUGAAAUAGACUACAUCGAGAAGUGGGAGACCUGGAUGAAUCUCUGGUGUAACUAAGAACUUCAUAGUUAUUACCCUUUUCAUUUCCGAAUAUUCAGUCCCUUUAUUAUUCUCUUUUUUUUUUUUUCUUUUAACUAUUUUUCAGGUAGGCUCAGUUGAUGAGGAGUCCACAAAAUCAGAUGAAGAGUAUGAUGACCUGGCAAUGCAGGAUAUGAUGGAAAAUGGGUACUGGUCAGAAGAUGAAGAAGAAGCCAAGGAUAAGAUUGUUGUGCCUGUUUCAGGGGAUCCUUUACUGCGGAGACAACAAAGGGAUCGUCGAAACAUGGAUCAAUUUCAAAGAACUAGAAGCGAUCCCUUGUCUGAACCACUGUGUUCGUACUCGUCUCUGCUCAGGGAGAGAAAUGAAUCGAGAAUGUCAUCUUCCGCCAACAGCAAAACCAGGAAACGGUCCCUCAGUAUUCCAGCUCUUGGAAAGCAUGGUUCAGUCAUUAGUGGAGCCUUGUUUACUGGAGCUCCUCAGGAGUCGGGACCAGCCUAACAAAUAACAAUUUUGGUGUAGAUUAAUUGUGGUUUUCCCUUUGUUCUAAAAAUAAAACUGUUUGGGGUAGCCAUUUGGUUUGUAAAUCGUUCAGAAUGCUUGUGAAAUCGUGGUGGCUUUGUAGAAUUGCAAAAGUUCAGUUUGGUUUUGGGCA